AUGGAACAUAAAUAUCCCACACUCACCCUCGUUGUCAGCACCUCAAAACUUCCCCAAAACACAAACUCCGCCACCACUGCAACAAACCACAACCUUCUACUCUUCACAAUGGGUCUCAUCGACAACGUCUUUAAAACCAAGGCCGUCCGCGAGGACAAGCGCUCAUCCCGACUAAUAAAGAAGGACAAUAAAGCGCAGGUCCGCACAUCAAGCUCGACGUUGUGUAGGGGGUGUAAUAAGCACUUUGUUCUCAACGGGAAGAUUUGUGAGAGAUGUGAAACGUGGUCCAAGGUUCCGCAGAAACUUUACUGA